AGGAAUUAUUUACAUCAUCCGAUAACCAAGAUAGGAUUCACCACCACUGCGACCGUUGAGUUGGGUUGAGGGAGUCUGGUCUGUUAAACAGGAGCUCCUUCAAAUGGAGAUCGCAUUGCAUUCUCUGUCAUUUGCCGCCGCCUCCUCCUCUACAAUGACCAGGGAUCUCAAACCUAAAGUUUGUAAUCCAAUGGAUCCUUAUUCUUGUUCUUUAAUAGACACCAAAGAACGGGGAAGAGCUAUAGUAUCAUCUGCUCUACCAGAAACAGCUGCUUCUAUAGCUAUUGCUGCCACGGUUGUGGGUGCUGCAGCUACCCUUCUUAUGCGUAGAACCAAAGCAUCUGAGGCAAAUGAGAUCCCUUUGAAAAUAUGUGAAGAUUGUAGUGGUUCUGGCAUAUGUUCUGAAUGCAAAGGCGAAGGGUUUGUUCUUAAGAAGCUCUCGGAGGAAAGUGCUGAGAAGGCGAGGUUGAAAUCAAAGAAUAUGGCUACUAGAUUCACGGCAGGACUUCCAAAGAAAUGGAGCUACUGCACAAAGUGCUCUGCUGCCCGCUCUUGUAGCACUUGCAGCGGCCGUGGGAAGUUAAGUUUCUAGGUUUUCCGAACAAUCAUCUUUGUGCUUCCAAGUAGGAUUUCGUCACAAUGAUGCUUGUUUUUCUGCGUCAUUCGAGAAGGCAGCCAACUCAUCAUUAAGAAGAUUUGAAGUAAUCUUACUUUAUUUUUGAGCUUUGUAUAUCUAAAUACGUCUUUGCAAAUUUUUUCUAUUUUCUGUUGAAAUAUUAUGACAGUUUGUUAUCUAUUGCACUUUGUUGUUGAAAUUAAAAAUUUUUUCUUGUUAUCUAUUGCUCUGAAUGGUCGUUGCUAAAAGUUUUAAUUGAGUAACACUGCAAAGAGAAGCGAAUAGAAGACGACUCAAGAGUUAUUUCGUGCACUGCAAAGAGAAGCGAAUAGAAGAUGACUCAAGAGUUAUUUCGUGCCUUCAUAACUGGCUGCAUGAUGUUAUGUGUUCUGUAGACGUUAUUUUCUAUUACCCUAAAAACCCUUUUUUUGGGUCAACCUAAAAAGCCCUUGCUAUAUGAAGAUAAUACUGGGGAAUGAUCCUAAUAGCUUCUAGGAAUCAUAAGAUAAUGUAGCAGUACAUUUUGUUAAUAGUAACUUCAUGCCCCCACUGCUGGGGCUACAAGCCUAUAACAGAGUAUGCUCAAAUAAUCUGAGGAAUUGCAAUGAUCUCGAUUGCUCAAAUAACAGAGUAUGCUCAAAACCAUAUGGAGCACGUCAUACAUAAGUCACUUAUACAUGGUUUUCAUAGCAAUUUUUUUCCAGUAAUUUGCACUAUCGUAGUUUUGCUAUCUAAAUUUUGUUUGAUCUUCACAUGUGAAUUUUUGUGUUUAGCAAUUACAAGCUGAAACAAGUGCAAACAUUUUUAUAACUAUAUUGAAGCUUUCCUGAUCACGAUUAUCAAGUCAUGGCUAACUAGCUUUGGUUCGGGCAUUUUAUCAAGCAUGUAAUGGGCUUUGUCAAAUAGAGCAAUUACCUUAUUUACAGAAUCUGAUUAACUGCUGUGAAUUUGUGAUGAAUUUAUGAGCCUGGAGUGGUACUCUUCCAAUAGCUAUUUUGGCAAUGAUUCUCUUCUCAAUCGGAGUUCAAGCUGCAUCCGGUGCAACUUUUGGAAUCAGCCCCUUCAUUUCACGGCGAUCUUUGGGUAUCAUAUCAGGCUUGACUGGUGCAGGGGGCAACGUUGGAUCAGGCCUUACCCAAUUAGUCUUCUUUUCAACUUCAUGAUUCUCCAUUGCAGCUGGUCUCCUGGAUGAGAGUCAUGAUUCCUAUGACACUGAUUCACUUCCCACAGUGGGGAGCAUGUUCCUUCCUCGUUCAAAAGAUAU